AUGGCCGCGCUCUACCCGGUCGCGCCCGAGCUGCCCCGGCUGCUGGAGAGGGACCCUCACCUGGCGCCUUUCCGGCAGGACUUCGAGCGCAGGUAUGCUGUCUUUCACCGCAUUUGGAAGAACAUUGAAGACAAUGAAGGUGGUCUUGACAAGUUCACAAGGAGUUACCAGACAUUUGGCAUCCACAGGUUUGUGGAUGGAGGACUCCACUGUAAGGAAUGGGCUCCUGGGGCAGAAGCAGUUUUUCUCACUGGCGACUUCAAUAACUGGAAUCCAUUUUCUCAUCCAUAUAAGAAAAUGGAUUUUGGUAAAUGGGAGUUGUUCAUCCCUCCUGGACCAGAUGGAGUUAAGCCUGUGUCUCAUGGAUCAAAAUUGAAGGUAGUGAUACAAAGCAAAACUGGAGAGAUUCUCUAUCGCAUUUCUCCUUGGGCAAGAUACGUAGCUCAUCAAGGCACCAAUGUGACUUAUGAAUGGAUACACUGGGAGCCACCAACCCCAUACAGACGGAAGCAUCCUGUUCCUAAGAAGCCUAAAAGCUUAAGGAUCUAUGAAUCUCAUGUGGGAAUUGCUUCCCCUGAAGGGAAAGUAGCUUCAUAUAAAAACUUCACACACAAUGUACUUCCAAAAGUCAAGGAUCUUGGCUAUAACUGCAUUCAAUUGAUGGCUGUUAUGGAACAUGCUUAUUAUGCCUCUUUUGGUUAUCAGGUCACAAGUUUUUUUGCAGCCUCAAGCCGUUACGGACCACCAGACGAUUUGAAGGAACUCGUUGAUGUUGCCCAUUCAAUGGGGAUUACAGUCCUGUUGGAUGUUGUACAUAGUCAUGCAUCAAACAAUUCAGAAGAUGGCCUGAACAAAUUUGAUGGCACAGAUUCAGCUUUUUUCCACUCUGGUCCUAGAGGAAUUCAUUCACUUUGGGACAGUCGUCUUUUUGACUAUGCCAACUGGGAAGUUCUGCGAUUUCUUCUCUCCAACCUAAGAUGGUGGAUAGAAGAGUAUGGUUUUGAUGGCUUUCGAUUUGAUGGUAUUACAUCGAUGCUAUAUCACCAUCAUGGGAUUGGUACCGGCUUUAGUGGAGACUACAAUGAAUAUUUUGGUAUGCAGGUUGAUGAAGAUGCUUUGGCAUACCUAAUGAUGGCAAAUCACAUGAUACAUGUCUUACAUCCAGAAUGUAUAAGUAUAGCUGAGGAUGUCUCUGGAAUGCCAGCCCUUGCUUGUCCAGUUAUGGAAGGAGGAGGUGGAUUUGAUUACCGGCUAGCCAUGGCCAUUCCUGACAAAUGGAUUAAGUUACUGAAGGAGUAUAAGGACGAAGACUGGGAUAUGGGCAAUUUAGUGUUUACUCUAAUAAACAGGCGACAUGGAGAAAAAUAUAUUACGUAUGCAGAGAGUCACGACCAGGCUCUUGUUGGUGAUAAGACUCUGGCAUUUUGGCUGAUGGAUGCAGAGAUGUAUACCCAUAUGAGUAUUAUCUCACCUCUCACUCCCGUUAUUGAUCGAGGACUACAGCUUCAUAAAAUGAUUCGCCUCAUUACUCAUGCACUUGGAGGAGAGGGAUAUCUUAACUUCAUGGGUAACGAGUUCGGCCAUCCAGAAUGGUUAGACUUCCCCAGACGAGGCAAUAAUGAAAGCUACCAUUAUGCCAGGAGACAGUUUCAUUUAGCAGAUGAUCAGCUUCUUCGCUACAGAUUCCUAAAUGAAUUUGACAGAGAUAUGAACAAAUUGGAAGAAAGAUGUGGCUGGCUUGCAUCUCCCCAGGCUUAUGUGAGUGAAAAACAUGAAUCAGACAAAGUCAUUGCUUUUGAGAGAGCAAAUCUUCUGUUUAUAUUCAAUUUCCACCCAUCUAAAAGCUUUACGGAUUAUAGAGUGGGUGUACAAAUACCAGGAAAAUAUCCUUUAUUUUACUGUGGUUAUAAAAUUGCACUGGAUUCUGAUGCUCCAGAGUAUGGAGGACAUAACAGACUGGACCAUAAUACAGAAUUCUUCACUCAGGGGUUUUCACAUAACUGUCGUGCUAACUCAGUUUUGCAGCCCAAUUCACAGAGUGAAAAUGAAGGCCAGUCCCGAGGACAGCAGUACCUGGAGGUAUACAUUCCAAGCAGAGUGGCCAUUGUGCUCGAGAAUAUGGAUUUAACAAAAUGA